AUGAAAGGUUCAUCGGAAAAUAGUGAAAUUUGUAGCGAAAACGUUCUCAGGAUUAAAGUGGAAACGUGUUCUUCUCUCUAUGAAAAAUGGAAAGAUGAGAAAAGCUGGUUCCACAAUGUACCUCGAAAGGGUAUCACAACAGAAGUUGAAUAUAUCGAUACUCGACCAGAUGCUGGUAACACAUUGCCGGUUGUACUAUGUUUACAUGGUGCGCCUGGUUCCCACCAAGACUUCACACUACUUCGAUCAAGACUUGUCAGUUAUCCAAUUCGCAUUAUUUGUCCAAAUUUUCCAACAUAUUCCUUGACUAAGGCUAAAAAAUUUGGACAUUAUGCUGAGGAAAAGGCUGAAUAUAUUUUAGACUUUCUCAAAGCUCUUCAAUUGACCAGAAUUGAUAUGCUGAUCAGCCAUUCAUCAUCAAUCUAUCCCUCAGUAAUCAUUCUUGAAUCAGAGUAUGGAUCAACCCUUAAAUCUCUUGUAUUUCUUAAUCCUUGCGGUCAUCGACGAAUCCAAGCAAUGAAAUAUCCAUUAUUGGACAAAACAUCAGCCUACUUCUAUCAGUAUAAAUUUUUCCGUUUCUUCAUCAAACAUUUUGGUAAACCUGUUCUCAUUAUUGCUACUUUCGAAGAGAUUGGAGCAGUUGAAAGCCAACAAGGAAAUCGCAAAGAUGUUGAUCUUCUCUGA